AUGGUGGCGGCCACUGAAUACACUGCGGACGCCUCCCUUCAGUCUGCAGUCUUUGCCUCUAGAUCCUUGGCCUCCAACAUCACGGCCAGGAGGAUGUUGUGGUUGAAGCAUUGGCAGGCUGAUACCAGACUUAAAUGGGGUCUUGCGUCGGCACCUUACCUGGGUAAUAAUUUGUUUGGGGAAUCCCUUGCUCCUUAUCUGGUCGAAAACAAGGAUAAACGCAAGGUCAUGGCCCAUAUAAUUAAGAAGUCUGACAAGCGUCCCACCCCCUACUUUCGUAGGCAGUCCUUUCGGCAGCCUGCGGGAGUCUCCACCACCCAGACUUCCCGCUCCUUUACUCCCAGAGAGAGGCCAUAUGACCGCCCUUACGAUAGGACCGGCUCACCGCCGGUUCCUGAGGUUCUGCUACCAGGGCAAACACUUUCAGUACAGGGCCCUCCCCUUCGGUCUUUCGUCGGCUCCCAGGGUAUUCACAAAAAUCCUGGCAGUCCUGGCAGCCCAGUUGAGGAAGGUUCCCAUUCGCGUCCAAUGCUACCUGGACGACAUCCUAAUUCAGGCGUCCUCCUGGCAGGCGGCUCAGAGGGAUGUGAAUUACGCCAUCCGGGAAAGAUGGUCUCCUGCAUAGCCAUUGUUCCCUGGGCCAGACUGCACUUGCGGGACCUACAGUGGUUCCUACUUCCAUUCCAGCGCACAAACACCAGUGCAUCCAGUAUUCAGGUUGGUGGCAACACACCAUUUGUAGGGGAAACAACCGUGAGAGGACUCUGCUUGCAAAUACCUGAUGGAUAUUUACUCCAGGAAGGCAAGAAGAAAAAUCCAGGCUUGAAAAUUCCUAAAGAAGCAUUUGAACAACCACAGACAAGCUCAACGCCACCUAGAGAUUUGGAUUCCAAAGCGUGCAUUAAUAUUGGAGACAAGAACUUUGAAGUUAAAGCCGAUGACCUGGAGCCAAUAUCAGAAUUAGGACGUGGUGCAUAUGGGGUGGUAGAGAUGAUGCGACAUAUGCCCAGCGGGCAAAUAAUGGCAGUGAAGCGAAUCCGAGCAACAGUGAAUAGCCAGGAACAGAAGAGGCUAUUGAUGGACUUGGACAUCUCUAUGAGAACAGUAGACUGUCAUUUUACUGUCACGUUCUAUGGUGCGCUGUUUCGGGAGGGUGAUGUGUGGAUUUGUAUGGAAUUGAUGGAUACCUCGCUGGACAAAUUCUACAAGCAAGUCAUUGACAGAGGCUUAACGAUUCCUGAGGAUAUUUUAGGGAAAAUAGCUGUCUCUAUUGUAAAAGCAUUAGAACACCUACAUAGUAAACUCUCUGUAAUUCACCGAGAUGUCAAGCCUUCCAAUGUACUGAUUAAUACACAAGGACAGGUGAAAAUGUGUGACUUUGGAAUUAGUGGGUACCUCGUUGAUUCUGUGGCUAAGACAAUGGAUGCUGGCUGCAAACCGUAUAUGGCACCUGAAAGAAUCAACCCGGAACUAAACCAAAAGGGAUACAGUGUAAAAUCCGAUAUUUGGAGUCUGGGGAUUACAAUGAUUGAAUUAGCAAUCUUGCGGUUUCCAUAUGACUCCUGGGGGACGCCGUUCCAGCAGCUCAAACAGGUAGUGGAAGAACCAUCACCACAGCUCCCUGGAGACAAGUUUUCAGCUGAAUUUGUUGAUUUUACCUCACAGUGGUGA